AUGUGCAAAUUCUCCUCAGGUUGUGGUACUUCUGAUUCAAAGUCAUGCCGUAAAUGUGGUGCCAAAUUGUGCAAGGGUUGCUCACGUUCAUUGAUAACUGGUGCUGCUCCACCAAGCGGUAAUUCUGCUCAAUGUCCACAAUAUAAAAUAACAUUUAAAAGAUAUAAAUUUUUUAAAGUUAUAGUUAUGAUAAUGAUGGGAAGUAGAUUGAAUAGAGUACUUUGUUAUGAGAUUGAUAGAUUGAGACCUACUCAAUGCGCUGCUGGUAUGAAGCAUGUACAACGCAAAGUAAAUGAACUAAAGACAUUGAAAGAAGAGAAAGGUGCUGAUAAAGUAAUUGAGUUUCUCUAUGGUCAUCCUGCACCCGUAAUCUUAAAACAAAACGAUAUAUAUUUAAUUGAUAAUCAUCAUCUAUGUCGUGCAUUAUAUGAAUUAAAAGGAGAAUUCUUUGAAGAUUUAGAUUUCAGUAAAUACGAUAAGGAUUUCGAUGGAAAGGUGUCAGGCGAUCCAAAGUGUUUUGUAAAGGUGGUUUCCGACUUGACAGACAAACAGACAAUGCAAGAGUUUUGGGAGAAGAUGGAGGAAGAACGUUGGGUGCAUCCCUACGAUCACAAUGGAAACGGACCGCUGCCACACCACGAGAUUCCAAGUCACAUCAAAGAUUUGAAAGACGACAUCUGGAGAAGUGUUGCAGCACUUGUAAAGAUUCAAGGUGGAUUCAAAAAGUCGAUGGUUCCCUACGCAGAAUUCCGUUGGGCAAACUUCUUUAGAGGUGAACUCCAAUCGGAUUGCGACCUUCCAUUCGAAGAGCUAGUUGACAAAUCAAUGAAACUAUCUAAAAGUUCUAAAGCCAAAGAAUUACCUGGAUUCACUGGAUUAUAA